AUGAUGAGCUUCGAUGGUGGCACAGCCUACGCCGAGUCCGAUGCCGACGACGAAUACGAGCGAAGCAUGGGCGACCACUCUCCCAUCACCAACUCUGAGCACUCUCCUAUAGAUUCCGAGCUUUCCACGUCGGCAGAGCAUACUCCGACGACCUACGGCCACCGCAGUAGCGCAGACCGUCUCCCAGAAACUAUCAUUACCGAGUGGACCGUCGAGGAAUGUGCCGACUUUAUUGGCACCAUUGGUCUUCAACAGUAUGCCGAUCGCUUUAUAGAAAACGAGAUCGUGGGUGAGGCCCUGGUUGCGCUACAACAUGAUGAUCUUAAAAGCAUGGGAAUCGCCAGUGUGGGACAUCGUCUGACAAUCCUCAAAAGCGUUUAUGAUGUCAAGAAGGCUCAGGAUGUCCCCAUUGAGAGCGACCAUUACCUUCCCCUAUCCGCCGAUGCUGAAGCGCAAUAUGCUACCGCAACUAUCAAGGACAUCAAACACCUUGUCGAACAAUUUCGUCUCCGCGACGAGCGAAUGAGCCUACUCGAACAGGACCUACGACGGAUGUCAGACGAUUUCAGGCGAUUGCGAGAGGACAUGCUCCCGGCCUUGCGCCUGGUCAAGGAUGCGCAGCAGCCAUUGCCCAACCUGAGUGGUAAUAACCAGCAAGUUUAUGGUUACGAAACCACCAUAUCGCCCCCCGCACCAACACCACCCCCAGGUUCUGGUCAAUCUGGAAGCUCCGUCAAGCGACAAUACUCGACUCGCAAGAUUCUAAUAGGAGCAACACCCAAGAAUGCAUCGCCUACCCAAUCCACACACGAGAGGUCGAUAGCAGAGACUGCUUUGGAUCCCGCAAAUGCCGCAGAGCGGGCCGUUCUAUCGUCUUCCCAUCUCGCAGCUAUGAAUGGAGGUGGCCAGGGCUCAUCCUCCCCUUCGUAUCCCUCACCAAACAUUCCCUCCCCGACAUCUCCUCAGACCCACAUGUCCGCUACUACCCUCGCCUCUCGAUCCUACCGCAGUGAAGCACCGACACCCUCCACACGAACCACCUUCAACGACGAUGGCCACGCCAAUGCAGUCUAUACCUCCCGCGACAAGGCACCGCAAGGGCCACCCCGACGACGAGAAACCCCUGUACCUGACACACCUAGUCAAAGUAACGCUUCGGUCGAGAUCUUCAAGUCAUUCCGCGUCAGUAUGGAAGAUCCUUGCUACAAAGUUCUUCCUGCUGCGCUCAAGAAGUACCAAAUCAAUGCCCCUUGGGAUCAGUAUGCUCUCUAUAUUGUCUAUGGAGACCAGGAACGUUGUUUGGGCCUUGAGGAGAAGCCAUUGAUUCUGUUUAAGCAACUGGAUAAGGAAGGCAAGAAGCCCAUGUUUAUGUUACGGAAGACGACAACAGCACCAUUAGAUGGGGAACCAGGAAGCGCAGGGUUGGGCAGUACGUCGAGAGGAGCGCCAACAGGCUAUGACCCCCCAGGGGGAAUCAUCUAA